CUGAGUUAAGUUGUAUAGCAAAAUUAUUACUCAAUGUGCUUUUGAAGCUGACACUGUCCUUUCUCUCUCUCUAUCUCUUUGUGGGGUCAUCUCUCUUUCUCUCUCUGCAAGUUUCAAUGGAGACUGAACAUGUCAACAAGAUUCAUCCUGAAUACCCUGAGAUGAUUUAUGAAGCACUUGAUGCACUGCAACAAAAAGAAGGUUCAAACAAGUCAUCAAUAUCCAAGUACAUUGAAUCUAAGUAUGGUAACUUGAAUGAUGCACACUCAAAGUUGCUAACUUACCAUUUGGAUAGAAUGAAACAAACUGGUGAACUUAUUUUCCUGAAAAACAACUACAUUAAACCUGGUCCAGAUGCACCACCUAAGCGUGGCCGGGGCCGACCACCAAAACCGAAAACUACAUUGCCACAAGGAACAGAAAUGGCAGCUCCCAAGCCGAGAGGUCGCCCGAAAAAAGACCCUAAUGCACCACCUACUCCCAAGAAAGUGAAAUCAACAAUUGCCCCUAGUAACUUUGCUGCUCCUGUUUCGAAAACCGGAAGGCCUAGAGGUAGGCCUAGGAAGAUUAAGCCACAGCCAGCACAAAUUGGUGUGGAGUGAAGCUGAAAAUUUGUGGACUUUGUUGAUGGUGAUGACUCUUAGGACUUGUGUUGGUUGAUGUUGUACUUGUAGUGAGUUGUGUAUUGAGUUGUGUUUCUCUUAGCUGUGCAAUGUGUAGAUUGUUAGAUGAGUGUGUACUUGUUUAAUGCUUGUUGAUUCAAGAUUCACAAGUAGAUAGGAAGGUUAGCCACAGCUAGCACAAAAGGGUGGAGUGAAUCUUGAAUAUUUCUGGAAUUUGUUGAUGGUGAUGAUUCUUAUGACUGUGUUAUGUCUUUAAGGUUUUCUUAGUUGAUGUUGUAUUUGCAGUGAGUUGUGUUUAGUUCUUGUAGCUGUGCAUUGUUAGAGAGUGUGUACUUGUUUAAUGCUUGUUGAUUCAAGAUACACAGUGAAAUUUUGUGGGAUCUUCUUCGUUCA